UAGAGAAACCAACGAAAAUUUGACAAUAGUAAUGAGCGACUCAUACGAACCAAGUUGUUUCACUUUCCUCCGAUGGAGGUUGGAGGCUACUGAAAACGCGGGAUCUACGCAGAGAUCCAAAAAUGAAUGAUAACGGGGAGGAUCAUCACAUUUUAGUUUCGAAAAUACGCCUACGUCAAGGAUGGAGAAAAUAGUAAACUAAACAGACAAACAGAUGCGAAUAAAAACAGAAAAUUUGUCGAAACCAGAAGUACAAAUGGACUAUAAUAAUAAGCUGAGGAAUGCUUAGUUAAUGGAAAGCCAAACUGGGAGACACAAAUAGGCGAAGAAAUAUAGAGGGCGCAAGACCAGUAUUUCAGGAGAGGACCAGAAGGAGUGUAUCUGAAGUGUGUGGUACUGCAGUUGAAGAAAGAAUGACUGGUGAUGCUCGGUGGAAUAAUGAAAUCUGCGUAUCUGCUAACGAGAAAAAUUAAGAUGGUCGAUGCCUCCUCCAAAUUUCCAGUGGGAAUAUUGGAAGGGAAUAUUGUCGAUUUAGGAAUGUACGAUGAAUGUAUUUCAAUUAUUGGAAAUUUUAGUACCGCCAAAAACGAAGGAAAGCACUGCAUGUACACUUUAGAUAUUGUGAAUGCUGGAAAUGUAAUAUUCAAUCCAAAAUUUGCUAUGUGCAUUCCAUCAACGUGUGAUAUAGAAAACGUAAAUUCUAUAAUUAAUGGAGUUAAUCAAUUAAUUCACAAAAAAGGAAUUAUUUCUCAAGAUUUUAACAUAAAAGUAAACUAUGCAACCUGCUCUAAUUUAGAUUUUGAGAAAUGGUCGACAGGAAGUAUGAUUGCUAUGACAGUAAUUGUAUUACUAAUAAUAUUCCUCCUUUUCUGCACGGUUUUGGAAUUCAGUCAUAAUUGGAUCAAGGAAAACAACAUUGACAACAAAAUAAUUCCAAUUCUGGCUCAGUUUUCUGUAUUCAAUAGUUCCUUGAGAAUUCUGAGUACGAAAGCAAAUUCUGGAUCUAUUACUUCGAUUCAUGGAAUCCGAGCCUUGAGCAUUUUAUGGAUAGUUUAUGGGCAUGAAACCUUCUUUGGUUUUAUGUCAUCUUACGUUAACCUCCUUGAUUUCGUAGACUGGUCCACAUCCUGGAAAUGUAUUUACCUAAUUAUGGGAGUUUAUGCUGUGGAUACGUUUCUGCUGCUAAGUGGAUUCCUGUUAUCUUAUCUUUUCCUGAAAAGAAUGUCUCAGGGUGCAAGUUUUAAUCUCUUUGAAUAUUACUUUCACCGAUACAUCAGGUUAACACCAGCCGUAGCUGCCCUUAUGGUUAUUGUAAUUUAUAUUGCUCCUCACCUGGGUUCAGGGCCAAGAUGGGAAAGCGAUAUUGUUGCAAAUGUUACUAGUCAAUGUGAAUAUUCUUGGUGGAAAUAUCUUCUCUAUGUUCAAAAUUAUGCUGGGGAUGAGCCUGGAGAAAACUUGAUGUGUAUGGGUCAUUUAUGGUACUUGGCAGUCGACAUGCAACUUUUUUGGCUUUCACCAUUUAUUUUGUACCCUCUAUCGAAGAAGCCAAUAGUAGGUUUAAUAUUCUUAGGAGCAUUCUUUAUUGCUUCUGUUGUCACUCCAGGUGUAAUUACUGCCACAAAUGGAUUAUCUUUUAAUAAUUUGGCCAUCAAGUUAGGACAUAGUGUAAUGAUGAAAAGCAGCACUAAAUUAUACCUGGUUACACACUGCAGAGCGGGCCCUUGGUUUUUCGGAAUACUCUUUGGAUACAUUAUGUUCAAAAUUACUUCCAAACCAAAGAGGCAUGUCCUAAUUUUUGGUUGGAUAACUGCCACAGUUUGUUUCGUUUUUUGCACCUGUGGAUUUUUAAUUAUACUUCAGAAAAAUUACGAAUAUGACGCAUUAUUUGAAAGCAUUUUGGCAUCUUUUGCUCGUACUAUCUGGUCGGCAGGUGUCGCCUGGAUAAUUUAUAUAUGUCAUCAUGGAUACGGAGGCAUACUGAAUAUGUUUUUAUCUUUUCCAAUUUUCCUUCCAAUAAGCAGAAUAUCAUACAGCAUCUACCUUUUGCACUUUGUCGUUCUGAAUUUGAAAUCAGGCGCUAUGAGAUUACCCGGAUACUUUUCGGAUUUCACUGUGUUUGAAGGUUUCCUGGGCGACGUUAGCCUUUGCAUCUUUUUGUCUUUCUUCUUCUGCAUAGUUUUUGAGUCACCAAUCCUAAUUUUGGAAAAAAUGGUGUUCGGAAAGAAAAGAGAUAAAAGCGGGUCCCAAAAUCAAAUCCCAACUAAUGGAGAAAGUAAAACUCUGGACUUUCAGAAUCAAAUUAAAUUCGAUAACGUAUUCGAAAAUAUAUCUGGAAAUAAGGCUGAAAAUAAAUUUCAAAAUGUAGCAGAUAAUGGAUCAUUUGAUAAGAUUGAAAAAGGAAAUACAAUAGUAGAUGCUAAUACAAACGAAUUAACCACUAAUUUGUAAUUAGUCUGCGCUCCAAGAAAUAGAAUCAUGUUAAAUCCGAUAAAUCAAUUUUUAACUAAACCAUCUAAUUUUUUAAACUAUUAUUAUUUAAUGUGGCAAGAAUUAGAGAAUUAACUUUUUAAGUAGAUGGAAAAGGCUUGCCAGCAAACUAGAGACUUUAGUCGCCAGUAUUAGGGUUGGGAAGUCGUUGGAAAUCGCCAACCUCAAAAAAUUGAACGUCGCCAGAAAUCGCCAGAUAAACGAAAAAAAUGGAUGUUCAAAGGAUAAGAUUGUAAGGUACACCGACCAUUACUGGGGCAACGUAAAAAGUAUGUCCAAUACUGGAACAAUAACAAAUAUCGUUAAGUAUCUUUUAUAUUCCAGCAUAAAUUAUAAAAGUAAAAAUGUUCUAUUA